GUCGAAUAGAGCAGAUGAAGUUGCUUUAACAUGAUCUAAAAUUAUUUUCAUGAAAAAGACAAAUAAGAUGAGAUGUGUUGCAAUUGGUUGCAUAUUGUUCCUAUUGUCAACAUGUAAUAGUCUCUUACACAGCGAAAUAUGUCCUAGAACAAUUGCCUGUACCUGUGUUAAGGAAACAGCGGAAGCUUCAUGCAUCCGUGCAAACCUGACAUAUAUUCCAGUUUUACCAACGUAUAUCAAGAAACUUGAUUUUGAUCGCAAUUUUCUCAAGAGCAUAAGCGUAUCAACUUUUGAACCUUUAGAACAUCUUGAACUUAUCUUCUUGUCGUUAAGUUCGUGUCAUAUAACCCACAUUAACGACGAUUCUUUCACGCGUUUGAAAUACGUUCUUGACUUGAAUCUUAGUAGAAACCCUUUAUCAUCAAGAAUAGUAGCAGCAGCAUUAGCUCGAAUUAGUUCUGUACAUUUUCAUACUAUUCGUUUAAACUAUCUUUUAUGGAGUGAUGAACCAACUGAUGUAUAUCUGUCACUCUCUCGAUUCAAUAUCAGAAGGUUGGAUAUGUAUAUCAAUAACUUAACACAUUUGAAUAUGUCAUUUUUAAGUGAAAAUUUACCUCAAUUAGAAACGUUUUUGGUUGGAGGAGGAAUGAUUUCGUCUAUUCAGACUGGAUUUUUUCCAAAUUUGAAACUUCUCGAUUUGAAUACAAAUCGCAUUAAUAUAGGUAGAAAGUUUUUUGUAAACGACAUGAUGUGUUUUUUCCCAAAUCUCAAGCGUUUGAAUCUUAUGUACAAUUUGAUCAUGAGUGUUAACAAUAUUUUCAAAUGUUUGAAAACGCUAGAAAUUUUAUCGUUAGGUGGUAACCCGUUUAACGAAAUUUUAGAUAAUACAUUUUCCGAACUCAUAUCCCUCAAGUAUCUUCAUCUUGGAUUUUUAAGAAAGAAUUUCAGAAGAAUUGGGAAACAAGCAUUUCGAAACAGCAAAUUAGAAAACCUUAACUUUGGAGAUAAUAAUUUUAAAUUUACAAAUGAUAGUCUUUACCAAUUUGACCCAAAUGAAAUUUUCCGCUAUAAUCCACAAAUGAAGUCAUUAAUACUGAAUCGAAACGUUUUCCAGUCAACGCCAAUUUUGCGAAAAAUGUUAUUACCUUUGAAAAGGUUGAAAUUUCUUUACUUAGACGAAUGUCAUAUACAAAACAUACCCACAGAUCUCUUUUUUAAACUUCCGUACUUAGAAAUUGUUUCAAUGAAACACAACAAAAUCUCAACCUGGAAUGGAUAUAAAGUGUUUGGAAACGAAACGGCGAUACACACCCUGAUGUUGUCAGAUAAUACUAUAUCAGUUGUGAAUGAAAUACUUUUUCCUAUGACCUCAUUGAGAAAUUUAAGAACUUUUUCACUGGCAAGUAAUCCAUUUGCUUGUACGUGCGAAAAUUUAUGGUUUCGAAAUUGGCUACGAAAUAAAAACUUUGUGUUUGAAGAUUUUCCUUCUAACUAUCAAUGUAAAACACCAUUGAGUAAGACUGGUCGAUUGAUAAAAGAUUCAUUACCUAGUUCUGUCGAAUGUAAUCGGAAAGACAAUGAAGUUUUUACAGCAGUUGUGACAUCUCUAUCUGUGUUUGGUAUUGUUUUCGUCAUAGUGUUAAGUAUAGUAUUUAGAUUGCGUUGGCAUAUAAGGUAUUGGUUAUACCUCUUCCGUGUGAAAAAGAAAGGAUUUGCGCUGAUUUCGAAUGAAGAAACACAAAACUACAUAUAUGAAGGAUAUGUCAUCUAUUGUGAUGAGGAUAUCACAUGGAUUCGACACAAGCUUUUGGACAAAAUUGAAAAAGAGGCAUCAUUACCACUAUGUAUUAGAGACCGUAACUUCGAAGCUGGAAAAGUAUUUGUUGAUAAUAUUAUUGAAAAAAUGUCUGAGAGCAGAAGAGUUAUACUUGUUAUAUCUCGUGAUAUGGUUCAAAGUAAUUGGUGUUUGUUUGAAUGUAGAGUGGCACAGGAGAAAUUCCUUAAUAGAGAAUCGGAUGCAUUAAUUAGUUUGGUGGUAGAAGACGUUCCUAAAGAAGAAAUGACUUCGAGUUUGCGAGCAUUUGUCAACUCUGCCGUUUACAUGAAAUUUCCUAAAAAGGAGUAUGAUGAGGAAACAUUUUGGUUAAAUUUGACAAAAAUAUUUCAUGAACGUGAAAAGUAAUACACACCAAGUUUCCGGUUAGGAACAAUACGAACAAUGCAUUUUCUAUCCUUAAUCUGAUCACAAUAUUCUUCAAAUGAAAUUUUACUUUCAAAAAUAGAGAUGUAAUAAUAAUAAUUAGUAAAACUAAAAAUAAAGAUUGUGAUUAAUG